UCCUUUUCCUUUGCCCUUUUCUGUGGCGACGCCGUCCAUCUUGCUCAUGUUACUAUGCAAGAAAGGGGCUUUGGAUCUUGACACAUAGGUUUCCAAUUCUCUUAAGAGUAUCCAGAGCUCCCCUGCUCAAAAGAUGGCAAUGAUCUUAGAUGCUUUCGUGAAAAUAUUCAUGAACACACUCGCAGGCUUCGCAGCGGGCGAGAUCUCAACCAUGCUCAAAGUGAAGGAUGAGCUCCAGAAGCUUCAGAGGAGACUGGAAAGGAUAAGAGGUUUUCUUGAACAUGCAGAGCGGAAGAGGCAUGAAGACCCAAAUAUCAGCAAUUGGGGGAGGGAGUUAAAAGAUAUCAUGCAUGAUGCGGAUGAAAUCAUCGACCUUUGUAUCAUCGAAGGCAGCAAAUUAUUGGAAAGCCAUCAGUCCGUUUCUGUGGUAUGCCAUCCCUUCCCUUUAAUUUCUUGCUUUAGUUGUAUGAAGUUCCGCUACGAAAUUGGUGACAAAAUUAGAGAUCUUAAUAAGAGGCUGAAAGAGAUUGCAGAGGAUGGAUCAGUAUUGCCUAAACUAGAAUACACCAACCAAGAUGUCCAAGAGAGCGGAGUGAAUCCUCGUCAGACUUUUCCCAUUGAGUACAGUUCUGAUAUCGUAGGGACACAAAUUGAAGAGGCUACCCAGAGUCUUGUGGACUCGUUAGUCAAAGAAGAUAAACAAAAAAUUUGGAUUUUAGGGUUUGUAGGGAUGGGAGGAAUCGGCAAAACUACUCUUGCUUCUAAUAUCUACAAUGAUGAAAAAAUAAAAGAAAACUUUCCUAUACGAGCAUGGGUGUGUGUUUCCAAGAAUUUUUCAGAGACAAAAUUGCUGAAAGAGAUAAUUAGGAGCGCAGGUGGAAAUUAUGGGCAGGCUGAAACGAAAGCUGAACUCAUGCACUAUCUUUCCUCUGUCCUUUCAAGAAGCUUCGUUAUUGUAUUAGAUGAUAUAUGGGAAGCAAAAUUAUGGAAGGAUCUGCUCAGAUAUCCUUUGAAAAGUGCAAUGGUUGGUGGUAGGAUUGUGAUCACCACUCGAGACAUAAAUGUGGCUAACAAUAUGAGCGCACUUGUCCACCAUGUUGACAAAAUGGGUAGUGAUGAAGGCCGGGCAUUGUUAUGCAAGAAAAGUCUUUAGAGAUGAGAGAAGGAAGAGAUCAUUAAUUUAAAAGAAACUGGGAUGAACAUUGUUGACAAAUGUGAUGGUCUUCCUCUUGCAAUCAAGACUAUUGCAGGAGUUUUAAGGUCGAAGGGAGAGAAGCAGUAACGUUCUCAGAAAUGAUGUGUGGUCUAUGAGCCAACUUCAAACAGAACUCCUAGGAGUCUUAUUUUUAAGCUAUGAAGAUUUGUCAUCUAAUCUUAAACAAUGUUUCCUUUUUUGCUCGUUAUAUCCUGAGGACUUUCCCAUGUGUCAUGACGAUCUUGUUCGGUACUGGUUGGCGGAAGGUUUUGUAAAAUCUCAAGGAGAUGUAUUGUUAGAAGAUUUAGCUGAAGAUUACUAUAAAGAGUUGAUUUACAGGAAUCUUUUACAACCAGAUUCUGGAGGGGUAGAUCAGAUUUUUUGCACAAUGCACGAUCUGCUACAUUCUCUUGCUCUAUUUUUGAUAGGAGAUGAGAGCGCUUAUGUUAGCGAUGGAAAAACAUGCAACAUGAACCCCUUUUUGAUGGUCGUUUAGCGUGGUGGAAGAGUUUGGCGAUGAAGUAAGAGGAGCCUCUAAGCUGCUGCCGCAUCUCAAAUUCCUGCAGCUAAAGGACUGUCCUGAGCUAAUGGCUCUUUGGGAAGGCCUGGGGCAUACCACCAACUUGCAGUGCUUGCAAAUUGUGGGCGCCCACAACCUGACAGAAAUCAAGAGCCUCCCCUCCUUAUCUGAUAUGCUCUACAUCGAGAGAAACCUGAGGUUGGAAAGAGUAUCCAACUUUCUCUCGCUGAAAUUUUGCACAAUACUUGAUUGUCCAAGGUUAAAGCAGGUGGAGAAUCUUGAUAAGUUGCAAUUCCUGAGCCUGGCACAUCUUUCUGCAGACGUUUCCAAUAAUCUUAAUCAAUAUAGAGAGCACCUCCUACCGUGGUUAUUGGACCUUCUCGGGCAGCAUGAAAAUGCUCCGACUUGGGUGCAGAAUCUCAGACUAUUUGCACUGAUAUGCAGCUUACCACUGUUUGAGAGCUUCCUUAAGGAUCCACCAAACUGGCUCAUCCUUCAGUGGAUCCCUGAGCUCCUGAUCAAAGACAGAGAUGGUCCCUCAUGGAUACCAUAUAUCAAAGGAACCCCUUAAUUCUACCUUUCAAACCGACGUAUGUGCAACCACCUCUUGAGCAAGAUGCAACUUCAUGCGGAUUUAGCAGUUGGGAUGGACAUGCUCAGUUUUUUUAAGCUUUUUUUCCUUAUGUCAACUUUGUAUUAGAUUUGGAUAUCUACUCUGUAAUUUCUGUUUCCUAGUGUUUUGAUGGUAUUAUAUCAUUCUCCUGAAUGUAAUCUUAAGAAUUCAUUUGCAAUAAAUCAUGAUUUCUCUCA